AUGAACUAUUCAACACGGGGGAUCCAAGAAAUUACCCAUGACAUUUAUUCACUUAUUGGAAAAGUUCAACAAGGUAUUAAAAAAGAAGGAGAAGAGGAGUUUAACAUAACCAACAAAAUAAGUGAAUUAAUUGAUGAACUCAGUUAUUGUAUUCCUUUUACUCCAUCAACACAAGACAAAGUUAUUAAUGCAUUUAAUACCCUUGAUUCAUGUUCUGAAGAUGGUGCUGAUCUUUUAGGGAAUUUACUCUCUAUUCAAACUAUUGUUGUUGAAAUUACAGGAAUUUUACCACCACCCCCUCCAAGAAAGAAAUCAGGGUUUUCUUCUAUUAAACCCACUGAGACAAAUACAAAACAUCGCUCAACUGGGUUUUUAAAUCGACAAGGAAAAUUUAAUUAUGCAUCUCCUUCUGUUACCCAAAGCCAGAAACCAUUUUUAAGAAGAGAAAGUAGUACUCUUUCAUCCUCUUCAUUAAUUAAUUCAAGAAGUUUAACUUGUUCAGAACAUUCACUCAUUCAAACCAAUCAAUAUAUAGAUAUUAUGAAAUGUCUUCCUCCUGAUGCAACUACAGAACAGAUUGAAUAUAUAUUAAAUAGAGUAAAAGAAAUGUUAGAAAAAAGAAAAAAAGAGUUAGAAAUUAAACUUAUUAAACCUAAUUACUCACAAGUAUUUAAAUCAUCAAAACAUGGAGAUAUUGUUUCUGUUUAUCGUGAAUGUCAAGCAAAUGCAACCGCAAACAAAAUUAUUUCAGGAAUGAAUAUCAAAGAGGCAAUUAAACAAUAUUAUGAAAGUAUUGAUAUAUUCUUUAUGGAAAGAAAUGGAUUACCAACACAGUUAGAUGUGGCAGGAUUUGCUAUCAGAAAAAGUUCUACUAAAAUGAGAAUUAUUGCAGCCAUGACACGAAAAACACAUUUUUUAAAACAACAUGAAAUUGAAAAUGAUGAUAUGUGGUCGAGAAUGGAAGAGUAUGAAAAAGUAGCAUAUGUAGAACUAAUAAAAGUCACAGCAACAGUCCCUGCAUUAAUUGAAGAUAUUACAUGUUUUGGUGCAUUAGAAAAAUUUACUGAAUUAGAAAUUGCAGCAAAUGCUUUAAAAGAGGCUUGUGUUCAAUUAGUCAAUUUUGUUCCACAAGUUUUUCUAAAAGCUGCUCAAGUAGUAGGAGAAAGAAUGGAGCAAUAUUUUGUUGAAGCAACAGAAGAUAUGAAAGAUAUUUUUAAUAGCUCAAUUUCUAAAUUAAAGGAAAUUGAUAUUCAUUCUGGAAGAACGUCUAGUGGAAUUAUUGCUGUUGAGAGUGCAUCAAAAGCACUUCAAGCUGCAGGGUCAGAAUUAUUAGGUGUUGUAUGGGAAAUUAUUCAUUUUAAACCAAAAGAUGAAGGAAAAAUGACAUUCCAACCAUAUGAAAAAGCUGUUUUGAGAAUUGACCGUGGAUAUCGUUUAGAGCAUAUUUGUUUACUAGAAUUAAUAGCUAUUUGUACUUCUGUAAUGAAUAACUUAAGAUUGUACAUUGCUGCAUUAAAGACACUUGGAGAAAAUAAUGUUUCAUUGACAUCAAAAAUUAAUUGUAGUGAUAGUUUGAAAGUCAUUAGUAUAAAAGGAAAGGUUGUUGCUGGUGGAUUAAUUGGACUGCUAAUUGAAGGAAGAAAUAAUGAUACUGUUAAAGAUGUUAUAUAUUCAGUACUAGCCCAUUAUGGUGGACAUAUUGGAGAAAUACUAAGAAAAUUACCACAAGAACAUUGUGCAGUUAUUACCCAAACAAUCAUCCAAACACUUUAUAAUGAGAUAAAUAUUCCUCAGGUUUGGGAAUUUCUUAAUGAAGGAAACUCUCCAAUGAAUGAAGCACUAAAAGUAAGAAUGAGUACAGCAGAAGAUAUUAUUAAAAAAGAACGAGCACGGUGUAUGUCUCCAAUAUAUGAUUUUUUUGUUCCAUCGGAGCCAAAAUCACCUUUAAUUUUAUUGGCUGAACUUGACUCAAUGACUAUUGCAAGGCAAUUAACUGCAAUUUCAUUUGACCAAUAUUUUAAGCUUAGAACAAAUGAUUUUUUCUCUAAAGGAACAUCAAUUCAAUUGAUCCAAGCAAGAAUAAAUGAUUUAAGUAAUUGGACAUGUAACUCAGUCUUAUCCUUCACCGAUUUUGAAAGUAGAGCAUUCAUGAAAAAUCAUUUUAUUGAAAUCUUAAAAAAAUUACAAGAAUUAGGAGACUUUAACUCUGCAUUUGGAAUAUUUGAUGGAUUGCUUCAUAUCUCUAUUGUUUUUGGAACAAAAUACAUUUCAGAGAAAGCGAAUAAAUUUAUUGAUGAGACUAGUAAAUUAUAUGGAAAUUUUAAAAGUCUUAAAGUAGCAUAUAAAAAACGUUCAGUUUGUAUUCCAUAUAUUGGUUCAGUGUUAGAAUCAAUUGAAGAAAUAAAACGUGAAGAACCUUUCUUUUAUCAACAGAAAGGAGAAGAUGAAAAAUAUAUAAAUUUUGUUCAGUCAAAAGAGAUUUAUGAUGUAGUAGUAGAUUAUUUAAAAUAUCAAAAAGAAGAUUAUUACAUUGCAAAAAUAGAACCGUUACAUUCAUAUUUAACAAAUUUGCCUUGUUUUGAUAAGAGUGUAUUAGAUAAAUUAAGAGAAUAUCAUGAAUAA